AUGGUUCGUAUCUCAUUACUCAAAGAAGCACAGUCUGCGCAUUUUCUUUGUUUCUUCCAGUGGCUUUCAAAGUUGUGGGUUGCAGCCAUCCCGCUGAUGGAUGAAGAACUCAAUGAUUCUGAUAUAUCACUAGAUGAUUCAGUACAUUCAGGUGAAAACGAUGAACUUGUGAAUUUGUUAGAUGUCCCAUAUACCACUACCGAGUCGCGUGAAGAGGAUUCACUAGAGUAUGAGAUAUUACAUCCCAACCAAUUAUCACAGUUGAUGUCUGAUAUUACCAAAGAAGUUGAACAAAUAAUUCAGAUUCCUCCAACUUAUUUACGACUAUUACUUGCUCAUUUUAAAUGGGAUAAAGAUGCAUUGAUGGAAUUUUAUUUUGAACAUGGAAAAGCAGAUACAUUUGCUCAAACAGGUAUUGUAGACCCUAUGGAUAUCCCAGUGACAGGAUCAAGGAAUUUGUGUGAAAAGAAAAAUGAAAUCGUUUGUGAUAUAUGUUUUCUACCAACUACUCCAAGUCAAAUGUUUGGAUUGUCUUGCGCUCACUACUUUUGUUUAACUUGUUGGCAGCGUUAUCUUAAAAUUAAAAUAAUGGAAGAAAGUCAAAUUGACCGAAUUUAUUGUCCUUCAUCCACUUGUCGUAUAAUUGUUGAAGAUGAGGUUGUAUUUCAAAUGAUUACUGAUCAAAAUGUACGCAAGCAUUUUCACAAGCUGAUAUCUAGUAGUUUUGUUCUCCACAACCGUGCAUUAACUUGGUGUCCAGGUGUUAACUGUGGACAUGCCGUGCGUUGCUUUGGUCCCCGUGAACCAUAUCAAAUUACUUGUACUAACUGUGGUGAAUGCUUUUGUUUUGCCUGUGGCCAACCAUGGCAUGAUCCAGUUCGUUGUGAACAGUUAAAAACAUGGAUUAAAAAGCUUGAAAAUGAUAGCGGUACGCUUGGUUGGAUUGCAGCUAACACUAAAGAGUGUCCAAAAUGUCGUGCAACUAUAGAAAAAAAUGGUGGUUGUAAUCACAUGACCUGUCGGAAUGUUGAUUGUAAGCAUGAAUUUUGUUGGAUGUGUCUAGAUCGAUGGGAGCCCCACGGAUCACGAUGGUACACAUGCAAUCGUUAUGACGACUCCGCUGCUAAAUUGGCUAGAGAAGCUCAAGCUAGUUCAAGGUUAUCACUGGAUCGUUAUCUUUUUUAUUCAAAUCGUUAUUUAAAUCAUAUGCAGUCGUUGAGGUUUGAGGCACGUCUAUAUGAAACAGUGCAAAGUAAAAUGGAAUCAAUGCAAGCUCAUGGAACAUCUUGGAUAGAUGUUAAAUUUUUCAAAAAAUUAGUUGAAAUUCUUUGUCGCUGUCGAAGAACACUCAUGUAUACUUAUGCUUUUGCUUAUUUCUUAAAAAAAAAUAAUCAUUCAUUAAUAUUUGAAAGUAAUCAAAGUGAUUUAGAACAAUCUACAGAACAGUUAUCGGAAUAUCUGGAUCGUGAUUUAUCUAAUAUCAAUUUAAAUGAAUUAAAACAGAAAAUGCAAGAUAAAGCCAGAUAUUGUGAAAGUCGCCGAAAUGUUCUUUUAGAUCACGUACAUGAAGGUUAUGAUAAAGGAUUUUGGGAGCAAUCCGACACUUGUUAGUGUUUGCUUAACUGUAUGUUCAUCCAUCCACACGCACAUAGAAUAUCACAGUCUUUGUUUCCAUGUGUAUAGUUUCUAUUUUUGAAUCACUAUGAUCUCGUUGAUAUCAAUAUUUCUAUUUUCCCUCGUUCAUGCGUACCUCAGUAGUUUGGCUUAUGUAUAUGCACUUUCAGUAAUUUCAAUAAAAUAUGAAUGAUAAAGACUUAACCAAACCAGGUCAUCAUUAUGUGUUUAUAGAACUCUCUUUUUUUCUGUAACCCUAAUCAGUAAUUAUAUACUGUUUGCAUUCCUGAAUCUUGUCAUCCUUUCCAACUUCGUUUCCUAUGUUGUAUUGUUUAUGUAUUCUUCCUUCCUAAGUCAUAUUUCAUUUAUUAAUUAGUUGAAUGGAUUAUUGUCACUUUUAGUAAAGUUCCUAUUAUUAAGAUUACCAUUGUUUUCUCGAAUAACCAUAGCAGCGUACAAACUGUUACAGUUAAAUUGAUAGAACUUUUCCAAUCCAUUUUGUUUUGCCAUGUACAGUUCAGUUUCUGCUUUUAUUUAUUUGUCUACAUGUUUGCACAACAGUUCUAAGCAUGUUGACACAAAUACAUUUGUAUAACUAUCGUUAUUGUCAAAUACUAUGGUGAAUGUGUCACCCUGGUCAACAUUAGAUCGGGAAAGCUGUCUUCAAUUGUUGAUUGUAAAUUAAAUAUUACUUGCAAACAUAUGUGUAAAAUAUGCUGAAGUACACAUAUGAUUGGCAUCUCUUGUUGUUAGGAUUCUACGAUUUCUUAUUUGCUUUCUGCCUUCACCCAUGAUUUUUCAUGGCCAUAUGAAGUAAAUAGAUUUUAGUUUCCGAUUGCCUGGAUAAUUAACAUUGCAAGAAAAUCAAUGUCUACUCUUUGUUGAGUUUUCUCUAGCGAUGUUUUUUUCAAUGAAUUAUUUGUUUCUAGCUACUAGCAAAAUAUAUUCCUUUGUUUCGUUAA